AUGAAGUUCAGCAAAGCCAUCGGUUUCGCUGCCGUCGCCUCCGCUGGCGUCAUUAACCGCCGGGAUGAUCCUGUCCUGGACAUCUUGAGCCAAGUCGAUUACGCAACCAGGGUCAUCAUCGCACAGGUCCGAGGGUUCAACACAACGACGGCUAUUUCCAUGCAGCACCUUCUCGAUGCUGAUUUCGUGCCGAUCAUCGAGAGCAUCAAUUACGCGGCGUCGAAGCUUUAUUCGCCGGACAAGGCUCUCUCCAUCCAAGAGGCAACUCGUCUCUUUGAGCCUGCCGAAGGCUUCCAAUCGUUAGGUGCUUCCCUUCACGCCGCGUACAGCAGCAAACAGGUGGCCAUCGAGGCCCAUACUUCUUGCUUCAUCACAUUUACUUCCCUUGCUGGACUGCAAAAUGCAUUGAGGUAUUUCAGGCGUACUACAUUUCCCAGAUUGCCCUUCGAAGUCGCGACGCCCCCUGUAGAGGAAUUUCAGUCGUUCAUCCGUACCUUGGGUCAGCUGGGCCAAAUGUUUGCCAGCUGCGUGAAGGGUCAGCAAAUAUACUACUAA